AUGAAGCUCAUCCAAUACCUUCCAGCCGUCGGAGUUGUCCAAGGAGGCUACUUUCAGCAGUACAACCAGCUGACUCAGGACGAGAGAGAAGCUCGACGAGUUCUCUGCGAUGCCAAAAUCGACGAGACACAGGAUCUGUUUCCCGUAGAGAAUGGAUCGUGGCUUUGCCCAGGUUACGGCAAAUUGAGAUCCAAGGUCAGAUGCCAUCCGAUCUGUAAUCAGGGAAUGGACCCGGAAUGGACCGAGAAAUCAAUCUCGAAGCCAAAAAAGGACGGCGUCCGAUUUAUGGCUCGAUGUGGAGAUCCAGCUACGAUCGCUAGAAAAAAUCUUCCCGCUGGAACCACCUUGAGAUGCUCACCAAAACCAGCUCAUCCUUGCGACGCCGCAGCUGCCGCCACAAGCAUCCAGGACGGAUCGCUCACGUUUGCCAGGCUGAUCAACAAAAAGCGAGCCAGUUACGAUGUCUUCUGCGAAGAUGGAACUUUUAACGGCCGAGUGCGUUGCGUCGACGGCGAGUUCCGACCGCCAUUUUGGAAUAAAGAAGAUUGGGAGAGCUCCUGCGUCGGGAAGACAACAACUACCACAUCUUCAACAACGACGACAACAACCACUGAAGACCCAUGUCUUUCCGUAGACUCAUGCGCUGGGCUUGACGGCUGCCAGGUGAUCGUUGGCGGAUGCGCGACCACCCCGAUCAGAAACACCCAACUCCAAGCUCUCAACUCCGCCGUCAACUUCCGCUUCUCUGCUGACGUUUACUGCGACCACAGUAUGCCAUUUGGUGAGUGGCUGAACAUCUUCCACGUCACUAAAGGAACUGACGAUACCAGCCUUGGUGACCGAACCUUCGCUCUCUUCCGAUACGCAAACGACAACAGAAUGUGGAUCGGUGUCAACGACCCAACUGACACUGAUUUCGAGGAUGCCACAACUUUCAGCUGCACCGACGGUGAAUGGUUCAAUAUUGCUGUCGAACAACGACAAGUCGAAGGAGACCUUGAUACUGUUCAGUACUCUGUCACUCAUAACGGUGCUGAAAUCGCCACAAACUCAUACGCCACAAGCCAAGCUUUUGAUGGCAAUCUUCUUGCCUACGUUUCUGACGACUGGUACCCCGCUGGUUCAGCCUAUGUGGUCAGAAAUUUCGUCUACCAACGAUUUGCCGACGCAACAACAACAACUACCACCACAUCGACAACCACCACUACAACAACAACCACGACCACCACUACAACAACGACGACAACCACCCAAGACCCAUGUCACUCCGAAGACUCCUGCGCUGGCCUUGAUGGCUGUGAGGAAAUCGUUGGUGCCUGUGCCGUAGAACCCACCAGAAACACUCAGCUCCGAGCUCUCAAUUCUGCCGUCAACUACCGAUUCUCCGCUGAUGUUUACUGUGCCCACAACAGCAUGCCGAACGGCGACUGGUUGAAUAUUUUCCACGUUACCCAAGGAACUGACGAUACCACCCUUGGUGAUCGAACCUUCGCUCUUUUCCGAUACGCUAACGAUGACAGACUCUGGAUUGAAGUCAACGAUCCACAAGAUACUGAUUUCGGGCAUGCUAUUACUUUCACUUGCACUGACGGUGAAUGGUUCAACAUCGCUGUCGAAGCCAACCAAAAUGCUGCUGAUCUAGAACUUGUUGAAUAUUCCGUAACUAAGAACGGAGAAUCUCUUGGAUCUGGUUCGUACCCGUUCAGCUCAGCAUUCGUUGGCAAUCUUGAAGCAUACGUCUCCGACGAUUGGUAUCCUGCAGCGUCCACGUAUUUUGUCAAAAAUUUCGUUUACCAGCGAUUUGCAGACGCAACAACAACCACGACAACAACGACCACAACCACAACAACAACGACCACAACCACAACAACCACGACCACCACUACAACAACGACGACAACCACCCAAGACCCAUGUCACUCCGAAGAUUCCUGCGCUGGCCUUGACAGCUGCGAGGCAAUCGUUGGUGCCUGCCCAGUAGAACCCGUCAGAAACACUCAACUCCGAGCUCUCAAUUCCGCCGUCAACUACCGCUUCUCCGCUGAUGUUUACUGUGCUCACAACAGCAUGCCAACCGGCGACUGGUUGAACAUUUUCCACGUUACCCAAGGAACCGACGAUACCACCCUCGGCGAUCGAACCUUCGCUCUUUUCCGAUAUGCUAGCGAUGACAGACUGUGGAUUGAAGUCAACGAUCCAAAUGACUCAGAUUUCGGACAUGCCAUGACUUUCACUUGCACUGAUGGAGAAUGGUUCAACAUCGCUGUCGAAGCCAACCAAAAUGCUGCUGAUCUAGAACUUGUUGAAUAUACCGUAACUAAGAACGGAGAAUCUCUUGGAUCUGGUUCGUACCCGUUCAGCUCAGCAUUCGCUGGCAAUCUUGAAGCAUACGUCUCCGACGAUUGGUAUCCUGCAGCGUCCACGUAUUUUGUCAAAAAUUUCGUCUAUCAACGAUUCGAAGAUGUCACAACUACAACAACAACCACUACAACUACAACCACAACAACGACUACGACAACAACCACGGAAGAUCCGUGCGUUUCUGAAGAUCCUUGUGCCGGACUUGACAACUGCGAUGUCAUCGUCGACGCCUGCGCCGCCGUCCCGGUCAGAAAUGUCCAAGCCGCCACCCUCACCUCUUCCAUCAACUACCAAUUCUCUGCAGACGUAUACUGCGAUCACAGCAUGCCUGUCGGAGAAUGGAUAAAUAUCUUCCACGUUACUAAAGGAGAGGACGAUACCAGCCUUGGUGAUCGAACCUUCGCCCUCUUCCGAUACCCAGACGAGCAAAAAAUGUGGAUCGGUGUCAAUGAUCCGACUGAUUCAGACGGCGAGCACCACACAGAUUUCACCUGCACUGAUGGCCAGUGGUUCAACAUCGCCGUCGACGUCCAUCAAGUUGCUGGUGAUCCAGAAAAUGUUCAGUUCACUGUCACUCAUGACGGAGUUGAAAUUUCCUCGAAGAUUUACGCUUACGCUCAGGCCUUCGGUGCAGGCCAAGAGCUUAAAGCCUUCGUGGCUGACGACUGGUACGUUGCCGGAACCGCAUUCACAGUCAAGAACUUCGUCUACCAACGAUUACCAGAAGUUGCUCAAUGCGCCGUCGACAGAUGUUUGGAUCCAUCUAUAGGGGAUCCAGUUAUCUGUACGAACAUAAUUGAUGGCUGCGGGGUCAAUCCAAGCCGAAACAAUCUCUUGAAAUCUGUUACUGUUUCUCAAUCCUAUCAAAUUGUCGCCGAUGUUCUUUGCUCUUCAUCUUCGACAACUGAAUGGCAGAAUAUUCUCCGAGUUACGUCUACAUCCGAAAACAGAGGCGCAGUUGGCGAUCGGCAAUUCAUCAUAUUCCACUACCCCAAUGAAAGCAAAUUCUACAUCGGCGUCAACAAUCCUAACGGCGCUCACCAUCACUCAUACGUUGACAAGCCAUGCACGCCGGGCCAAUGGUACACCAUCGUUGCCGAACAAUUCAUUAAUCAGGCUUCGGGCCUUAUGUAUACCCAAAUUGUUGUUGACAACGAAUCGUUAUUUACGGAUAGCUACCCAGUGGCAUCUGCUCCGUCGACCGGAAAUUUCGAUUUCUUCGUUUCUGACAACUUCUACGAUGCUUCCGGAUCUGACACUGUGCGAAAUUUCGUCUAUCUUGACACCUCGGCGGCCGAUCAGUGGGUAUCGAAGUAA